UUCGUGCCGAUAGACUAGUCGUCUUUAUGUUUCAUUACGAGAUGUCCCCCCCCCCAAAAAGAGGCCAAAACUAAACUGAAAUCGGGCCACUAACGUUAGCUUCUACCAGUAGGGAUGAUGAAUUACAGCAGCUAAUUCAGAGUAUCUGAAUUGAGUAUCUGAAUUAGCGGUGGUUCUGAUGAAAACAAACCCGGAUUUGCUUUUUUGUAAAAGCCCCGAAGACAUUCAACGAAAGGAAAACCAGAGACAAGAUGGAGAUGCUAUGUUUCCGGUUACCGGGCCACGGGGACACGACCCUGAAGCACCUGAAUGCACUGAGGUCCCGCCAGCACUUCUGUGACAUCACCAUUGUGGCCAGCGACAACCUGACAUUCAGGGGACAUAAGGUGGUGCUGGCUGCCUGCUCGCCUUUCUUGAGGGACCAGUUCCUCCUCAACCCGUCCCCCAAGCUUCAGGUGUCGCAGCUGUACAGCUCCACAGUGGUGUGUGAUCUGCUUCAGUCUUGUUACACUGGCGUCCUGCAGUUUAACCCAGAGGAGAUUGUCAACUACCUGACCGCCGCCAGCUACCUACAGAUGGAGCAUAUUGUGGAGCGCUGCCGAGGAGCCCUGAAGAAGUAUGUGAAUCUAAGAAGCCCCAGUCCCCCGAAGAUGGCUUCAGAGGAGAGUGGGGCUCGGCUGUUGAUUGUCAGCAACAGCGUUCAUUCGGGGGCGUCUCCUCCUGCUGGCCGGCCCUCUCCUGGGCGCUCACACAGCCCCGCUGUGCGCUCAGUGGAGGAGGGCGGCGGCGACCUGUCUGUUCAGGGCAGCAGUAAACACCACGGUGGAAGUCCCAUGCUGGAUGAGCAGCACAUUAAGGUAAAUGCAUCAGACGAGGAGGAAGUAGCAAGACAGGAGAACUGUGAGGUGUACAGAGUCUACUUCAAAGACGCCGACCAGAUGAACAGAGACGAGGAGGAGGAGGAGGAGAAAGGAGAGCCCUCGUACGGACAUCAGGAGGCAUGUUACCCAGAAACGGAGGGCAUCAUGAUGGCAGGAGAACGCGGCGAAUACACCUUAAAUCCAACAGAAGAGGAUCUCAGCAUGGGGGGGCUUUCGAUGGAGGGGCUCCGGGCGUUCAGGCGCAGGCUCCCUGACCCUAAAACUGUCCGGGGCAGAGCGAGGGGCAGGGGGCGGGGUUUCAAGAGGAGACGGUUGGUGACAACACAGGAAAAAAGACCCCCGGGCCUGGCCCACCACCCGGAUUUGUGGUACCUGGCGACUGCGGGGAUGGGAGAGGGUUUCGGCUUGGACCCCGGCCAAGAAGGGCACAAGACGCAAAACUACUUGUCCGUUGAAGUCCCCAAGUUGGACUUUGGCAUGGGCGACACGCGGGGAGACAAGGUGUCGCCAAUGGACGGCAACAGUUUGGGCCCGUACGCCCUGGAGGAAUCCGGCUCUGGCGCCGGGGAGGGGAGCUCGGGCCUGACGACCGUUGGAACGGACGAGGGAGGCGACGAGUCCGUGGCGGUGGUGGGAUCCACCUCGAGCGUAGUCGGGCCUGUGAUCUGCGAGCACUGCGGCAUGACGUUCCCCUCCACCCACUCCCUGGCCAUCCACUCGCGCUCCACCCACCUGCUGUACGCCUGUCCCUGCUGCGGCAAACACUUCCACCACUCGGCCAACCUCACCCGGCACAUGGCCGUGCACCGGGGCACCGGCAAAUCCCACCAGUGCCCGCUGUGCUACAAGACGUUCACCCAGAAAUCCACACUUAUAGACCACAUGAACCUCCACAGCGGCGAGCGGCCGCACCGCUGCGCGUACUGCCACGCCCGCUUCGCCCACAAGCCCGCCUUGCGACGCCACCUGAAGGAGCAGCACGGGAAAACCACGGGCCAGAACUCGCUUCACGAGCAGGAGGAGAGGGAGAGAGAGGGGGCUGGCGGAGCAAUAAGAGAGGAGGAGCAAGAGUGCCUGGUUACGGAGCAGGUCGCGUAGGCCCAGGCGUCAGAGAGAGUUGGUGUUUAGACUGCCUGAAGUCCAUCGCUCACGCCUCCCGCUAGCGAGGGCAAGGCCGCGGUAACGCAGUUCACCUCGUUCAGACGCUAUCCGUAACCAUAGCAACAGUAAUUGGGGAGCAGCGGACGUCAGGCCGUGGCUCCGCGGUUUUGUCUGAACCCUACCCCUCAGGUAUUUAACUGACGUUACCUGGUAUUAAGUGGUUGAGUGUGAGGGCUUUAAAUGGCAGCACUUUGCAGCCACACGUCACCAUGACAACAUCUGAAAUAGGAUUUACAAUUGACUGUAUUUGUCUUACAUUUUACACCUUUCAGGCUUUUACCCUAAGACAAGAUCAUUUUGGAUGUUUUUACUGUUAAAUAUCAGUGCUUUCUUUUUCCAUUUGUAAUCCUUGAUGUUUUAAAUGUAUAGAUUUUAAUAUGACAGUCUGAACACACAAGUUCCAUAUUUUGUUUGUUUUUACGGCCAAAUCACGAUGAAUUUUGGGUCAUUCCCUUUCCCAAAAAAAGGGCUCAUAAACUUUAUAAACAUAAACAGCAUUGGGUCCAGCACCAUCUCAUUCACUCACUGUCCGGUCACGAAAGCUUGCAUUGCCCAAAAACGAUCAUUUGUGGGAUUUCCGUUUUUUUUCUGCGAUCGUCACCGACCUAAAAGCUGGAAUGUCAAAUCUCAUGCAAAAUCUAACCUGUUAGUUUCAUUACUUUUUACUUUGAGUGCGCAGUGAUAUGGAACGCUGGCGUCAAUGUGAGCAGCUACUGUACAUUAUCUCAGAAUAAUGCAACCCCCCCCCAGCAAAACCAUUAUGAUUACCUACCUGCCAAUAGAAGCCCUCAAAUGCUACACGCUGAUUUGAAUCUGCAUAUAGAUAAACAGUCAGCGUGUUAUGUGGGCAGAAUGACAGUGCUCAAAAAUGUUAUACAGACAUUGUGACUUGUCAUAGCCCGGGUAUUACUAGUGACUGUAAUCAUGGCUCUGUUGUAUUCAAACUGACAUACAAAGUACCAGGACCUGGAAACUCAGAGGCUGAAUGGAACUGUGCUUUAAAUACUGUGAGAUGUCAACAUGUCUUCAGUGACAAACGUCCUGUGGAUUUAUCUGUCUCUUGGAAUGUGUAAUUAGUAGGACUCUGAACUGUAAUGUUAAACUUAAAUAUAUGUAACGAUCUGACUGGCUGCAGUGAAAAGAUGUAAAUAAAAUUGUCCUAUCCACUUA